GUCGCGUUGUCGGACGAUCGCGAGUGGUGGCACGCACGCGCUCGCGAUCGAACGCGCCGAAUCGGUGAAAAAUUCGCGGCGACGAGCGAAGAGAUGGAACGUCGGCGUCAAACGGGAGAGAAGAGUUUGGAAAGUGCGAGGGCACACGCAGGACGCGCGCAGCUGACGCGCGAGGAGCGUCGAUAAAAGCCAAGCGUCGCCGUGCGUCACGUGCAUUUAUCACGAAACCGUCAAUCGACACGUGGGGAAAACGAAGGCGCGUAUGUGCGCGCGAAAAAAUCACACGUAAACCACGAUUCCUCGAAAUCAUCGCACGAUGGCUCGUCUCAUUUUCUGUCACUGCGAGAUAAAUCUUGCAAGAUAAUCGGCGCGACGAUAGGAACGACGAGAGUAAACUUCGUGCUCGAAAACGCGAAGAGAGGAUAAACCGACUGCUCCAUUUUUUCUUUUAUCGUUCUGGACUUGGAACAAAGAUAAAUCUAGUCGCGUGGGCAGCUGCUCGUCGAAGUUAUAUGACUUGAACCGGUGGCAAGUGAUCCGAAAGUGCCGGGAGAGCGAUUUACUGCGAAGGAGCGACUAAGACGAAUCGAAGGUGACAGCCCGAGGGCUUGGAUUCAGUUGAGAGGAAAAUCGCAUCGGUGUCACCCGGACCGUGACAUCGAGGACAUCGUGGAGAACAUCGCCGACUGCGCAACGCAAAGAUCGAGAAGUCGAGAAAAAGAAAGAGAGAGAAGAAAGAAAAAGAGAAGACGACCAAAAAAAUCAUUCGCAUGAUUGCUCAACGCAUCAAUAUGACAUCAGUGAACUGAAUAGUGAGCGAAAUAAUCGUUGCGUGAUAACUGAAGGUUACAUCGAUACUUUAUCAGUGGACAGUUUGUAAGGAAAGAAAAUAUCAUUCGAGAAUCGCACGUCCAAGGAGUCCAUCUGUAUAAUCUAAUCAGCAUUGGCUGUCAGGCGGCAGUUAUGCGAGCUAUGCAACCAUGAACCAUAUGUCCUUGAACACGAGACCCGCGCGACGGACGAAGCUGUUUCCCGCACGAACUAUGACGAGCCUCUUGACGUUGCUCCUCUUCUUGACGUUGUCGAACGUACAAUCGGAAUCGGCGAUGAAUCCAAUGGGUAGCAUCGUCGGAUCGGGAUCAGCAAUCUCGUCGUCCUCGUCCUCAUCCGGCGGAUCCUCGUCCUCCUCAUCAUCAGUGAUCGGCGUGGUGUCCGAUGGCUCCGGUUCCGGUGGCAACGGGGUAAGCGGAAACAGCGGUAACGGCAUAAUUGGCGGCGUCAGUGGGGGCGGUAUAAAUAGCGGCGGCGGGGGACAUUCCGGUAUAGGGGGUGGCAACAACGGGAACGGUAGAUGCGAGGAGAUUACGAUUCCCAUGUGUCGUAACAUCGGUUACAAUCUCACCGCUAUGCCGAAUGAACUGAAUCAUGACACCCAGGAGGAAGCUGGUCUCGAGGUGCAUCAAUUCUGGCCGCUCGUGGAGAUCAAGUGUUCGCCGGAUCUCAAGUUCUUCCUGUGUUCCAUGUACACGCCGAUCUGCUUGCCGGAAUAUACGAAACCGCUGCCAGCCUGUCGCAGUGUGUGCGAGAGAGCUCGUGCGGGUUGCGCGCCUCUUAUGCAACAAUACGGCUUCUCGUGGCCGGAGCGAAUGGCAUGCGAGCGUCUGCCGAAUCACGGCGAGGAUCCGGAAAAUUUAUGCAUGGAGCAGGACAAUCGCACUAGCAGCAGCACCGGACCUAGCGGUGGUAACGGCGGUAUGGUAAGCGGCGGUGUCCCGGGUCCGCCAGGUCCACCGGCGCGGCCCACGAGGCCCAGCAAAACUACGCAACCGGCUCGCUGCAAGCCGGGCAAGAAUCAAAAAAACUGCCAACAUCCCCCAGGGGAGAGGACGAGGGAUUGCGCGUGCAGAUGCAGAGCGCCCCUCGUGCCUCUGGGGGCGGGUGGCGUGAUACCGGGACCGAUAAGCCCCGUCAGCGGCACCGUAAUCGGCACCGGGGUCAACACGGGAGCUGGAUUAACCGGCAUGGCCGUAAGUGGGGUAAUUCCAGCUCCAGCGCCACCGUCGAUGGGGGGCAUCGGUCGAAGCAUCAUCCAGGAGAUCGCGGGGGUGCCGGAUUGUGCCCUCCCGUGUCGCGGCGCGUUUCUCAACAACGAAGAACGCGAGUUCGCGGCAAUCUGGCUGGCGUUGUGGAGCGGCCUGUGCGCCGCCAGCACUCUCGUAACCGUCACCACGUUUCUGAUCGACACCCAGCGUUUCAAGUAUCCUGAGCGACCGAUCGUCUUUCUAUCGGCCUGUUACUUCGUCGUGUCCGUGGGUUAUCUGUCGCGCAGCAUUUUCGGCCACGAAGAAAUCGCCUGCGACGGUCCGGCGUUGAAAUCGGGCGCGCAGGGCCCGGGCACGUGCGUCACCGUUUUCCUGAUGAUCUACUUCUUCGGCAUGGCUUCCUCCGUAUGGUGGGUAAUCUUGGCGUUUACGUGGUUCCUCGCCGCCGGCUUGAAAUGGGGCAACGAGGCCAUAGCUUCGUACUCGCAGUACUUUCAUCUAGUGGCAUGGCUGGCGCCGACCGUGCAAACAGUCUGGGCGUAUGUCGCGGGUGGCGUCGCCGGUGACCCGGUGGCCGGAGUUUGCACGGUCGCUCCCGAAGGAGUGCGCAACUUUAUCCUAGCGCCUCUAUUCGUCUACCUUCUGCUGGGCACGAGCUUCCUACUGGCCGGUUUUGUGAGUCUCUUUCGAAUUCGAUCCGUGAUAAAACGCCAGCCGGGCGCCAAGGCCGACAAGCUCGAGAAGCUUAUGAUACGAAUCGGCGUGUUCAGCGUUCUCUACACCUUACCAGCCGGCGCGGUAUUAGCUUGUCACAUCUACGAAUCAUCCCUCCGGGACGAGUGGCUCAGCUCGCUGGCAUGUCCUUGUCGACCGCGCGCGAGACCGCUGUAUUCCAUCCUGAUGCUAAAGUACUUCAUGGCUCUCGCGGUUGGCAGCACCUCGGGCGUCUGGAUCUGGAGUGGCAAAACGGUCGACUCUUGGAAGCGGCUAUGGAGGCGUUUGUUCGGCGGAAAUCGCGGUCCGGGCGGUCAUAUGGGCGCGGGCGGCGGCAUGGUGGCUGGCGUGACCGGCAUGAGCAGCGGCAUCGGCAGUGUCGGCAUCAAGGGCGUCAUGGGUCGCAGCAUCGCGGUGCCGUAUCAGACGGCGCCUGGUCCGGGCAGCGCUCUGCUACCACCGGGAAGCGUCGCCAGCGCGUCCCAGCAUCACCUGCAUCAUCACGUACUCAAGCAGCCGCCUCUCUCACACGUAUGACGUCACCAGUCGGCGGGAGGCGACAUGAACACCGCUGGAUGCGGCGAGCAGCAGUUACAGCAGGAGAGACCUUCCGCCCUCAGCAACUACGGGCCCAUCUAGCCCUUCGCCUCGGCCUCGCGCAGGCACAACGCGACGCCGCACACGGCGCCGCAUACGGCGCCGCACACACCCCAUUCGGCGGCGACCAUCUACUCCAGGAGAUCGCUCGCGUCCACGACGGGGCCGCUGACGCCGGCGCACGGGAUCGCGCCCUCCUACACGCAGGCCACCGAGGUGUGAAGGAAGAUACACGUGCGGAGACGCACGUGGAGUUUGAACGACGAGCGGCUGCGGUGCUUCUCGAUUACCGAUAUACGUAUUUAGCCUGUACAUGUCUUCUCCCGCGGGAAUCUCGAGGAAUCCUCUCUUCAGCUUGGACCAUCGAUUUCUUCAGUGUCUUCAUCCUGUUGAUUGAUGCGAGGAAAUUAUACCUUGCGAAAAUAGCUUGGAAAAGAAGGAAUUUCGGUGAGUGAUUGAAUAGGUAGAACGACAUCUUUCUUUUUACAUCGUCGAUGGGGAGGAUCGCUCGAGUGCCGCGGUAUAGUGAGAUUUGUGAUUUAGAAGAAAAACUCAGUGACACGCGAGAACGUAUACGCGUGCGCACGAUAGCAAUGAACGUGGUGUCAAUAGAUUGAUCUGUCUUUAUCCGUAUCUAUCUAUCUCUCUUUAAUCUUUCUUACAUUCUUCUCGUAAAAAGCGGUGCUCGUAAAGUCCGCUAAUGUGUCCGUCUAACGUGUAUCUCGUCUCGUCUAUUUAUCUAAUCUAGCCAUAAAAAGCCAUGUCGGGAAUGUACACACAUGCGAUGCAACGCGGAAAACGGCAGCCUGCUCUUUUUUCUCUCGUUCCUGAAGGGAGGAAACUGCUCUUUCCUCGAUGUCACGUAUGCUAAAUCCAUUUUCAUAUUAAUUCUUCGUUCACUCCUCGCAAUCGAAAGGAGUUGCGAAACUUUGAAAGUAUUUCCGAUGAUAGCAAGCUGCCGCUGUUCGCGAUAAACGCGCGAUGAUGGGCAAAAGCGAGUGUACAGGACAGACGUUAGAGUAAGUGGGAUGGACUACUGUAAAUAUUGUUCGUAGAUGUUAAUUGAUGCUGUAAAUAAAACGGUCGCCAGGUAUGUUGUAGGGUGUUGACGCGAGGACGAUCGUGCUCGUGGCAAGCGUUACACAUUGUAUCUUUCUGCAAGCCCUUAUUAGCCAAAAGUUGCCGCACUUUAUGUAACCAGACAAGUUCGCUUUAUAAUUGAGACGCUUUAUGCAAGUUGUCAAGCUAAACUGGACUCCGUCGCUUUUGCCAACUUUUCUCAGACAAAGACAGAUCACAUUCAAUCACUCUCUCUUUUAUACUUAAAAAAAUCUUAUUUUAAUCAAAUAAACUUCUUUUGUUUCAAUUUAAUUAGAGUUUAUUAAUCAUCAAGUUUCUUCAAACUUGAGCUCAAACUGUUAAGAACUGAUAAAUCAUCGAUCUAAUUUUUGUUGAGAAAAGCUUGAGGAAAGUUGAUGAAAUUUGGCAUAAAUGUCAUUUUGUUGAAUACUUUUAUUCGAUUAGUAUGUAACUAUACUAUUAUCAAAUUAUAUGUAUAAAGUUAUAUUUUGAGUUUACUAUAAGAAUAAUUUAAUUUUAAUUUGUAUAACACGAUUCAAAUUAAUCGAUAUUUUUGAGAUCUGCUUCCGCAAUACUAGUAGACCGAUCAAGCGCCAUUAUAUAUGCCACGAGGGUACGAUCGUCGUGAAAACUAGGUCCACAGUACGCAUUUACAAAAAUGUGUAAUACAUAUAUAAGUAUACAUAAUAUAGGUCUGCCUCGCGAAGAUCAUACAAUAUAAUUUAACACAUCGAUGUACUAGAUCGAACUUUUUUUAUAUCGUAAAGUAAGAGCAUGUCCCGGAUUCUUAUCCCGUUCACCUACACCAAGUUAUGAUCUUCAUAGGAAACCUACGAUACGGAGAAAAAAAGAGAGGUGCGGCGUUUUUUUAUUCUUACUACACACUUCGUGCGGUGAUCGGCUCCUUUAUGCACGUGUCGCGAAGGAUGAACGAUAGGCGAUGGCGAAAUAAAGAGAUGGUGGUUUACGAAGGGAGGACGGUUUACGAAGAAGCGCGAAA